UUCUUCACCCCAAAAGGUUGAGAUCGAGGCGGCAACAGUAUCUCACGAUAAGGCUGGAAUGGCAAUUGAUCACAAGGAUGAGGAUCCACGGGAGCUUGUCGCUUCACUAUGCAAGGACUUCUAUAAGCUUGGUUGGGUCACCGGAACCGGUGGAGGAGUCUCGGUUAAGAAAGGAGAUUCGAUAUUCCUGGCUCCAUCAGGUGUGCAGAAGGAACGCAUCAAAACUGAUGAGGUCUUUAUCGUCGACUUCCCGACUGGAGCUUUCCGUUUCGAGCCGGAAGGCUUGAAAUGCACCGAGUGCUAUCCACUCUUCAUGAGCGCCUUCAGGCUGCGCGGUGCGGGUGCCGUUAUACACAGCCACUCACAAAAUGCCUUCAUGGCGACUCUGAUGUAUCCGGGGAAAGAGUUUGUUGUCACGCACAUGGAAAUGAUCAAGGGACUGCGAAAUGCGGUCGAUCAGCGAGCUUAUCGAUACGAUGAAAAAUUGGUCAUCCCAAUCAUAGAAAACACAUGUUUCGAGAAAGAUCUAACGGAGUCGCUGACGAGAGCCAUGAGCGACUAUCCCGCAGCGUGUGCUGUUCUGGUGCGCCGACACGGACUCUACGUAUGGGGAGAUACGUGGCAGAAAGCGAAAACCCAUGCCGAAUGUCUCGAUUACCUCUUCGAAACGGCCUGUAAAAUGAAAGCUGCAGGCUUCGAUCCCACAGCACCUGAGUGAGACGAUAAAACGUCUUGACGGCUUCCGGACCGCCUUGAUCGUCGAAGAAAAUCGAUCAUCCCAUCCCAAAUUUUCCUAUCUCAGUAGAUCACAUGGAUCAUACUUUUCCUGAAUAAAUCCCGCUGAGUCAGCA